AUGCCGUCCGCAACCGCCGCUCGAAAUGACUCCUCUAGCAUCCUCAACCAGAUUGUUAUGUCCCCUUCGGACUCGGACUAUCUCGACCAGCUGAUUCCAUCCAUCCGCGAGUAUAGCUAUGGCAAUCGAACGUCGCAGCUCCUGCGGUCCUUGUCGCGCUUCGCCAACGAACGAGAGACACAGAUCGAGAACAUAUGCAACACGAACCACCAAGGAUUCGUCACGUCUGUCAACCAGCUUCUUCGCGUCCGUGAAGGUACCGUCAGUCUCACAUCGGAAAUCCUGGACCUGAACCAGUCCAUCCAGUCCAGCACCGAAAAGCUAGCAGAACAAAAGAAGGCUUUGGUGGAAUCAAGGAGUCAUCGCCAAAACAUCGUGGAAAGUUUUCGUGCGCUACAAGACUGUCUCGAGGUUCUGCGACUCUCAAACCAAGUUCAUGACUUGCUUGGAAAGAAAAACCACUACGCCGCCCUCCGAGGACUGGACGAGCUGCAGAAUGUUCACUUGAAAGAGAUCACCCAAUACAAAAUCUCGGAAAUGAUCCAGCGAUCUGUUCCCGCCACUCAAAAGGCUAUUGCAGAAGCUGUGAUGUUAGACCUAAACACCUGGCUGUACCGUAUCCGAGAGAUGUCGCAGUAUUUGGGCGAGAUAGCGCUCUACCAUACUGAUCUGCGCAAGACGCGGCUGAAAGAGAGGUCCCAGAAGCUGACGUACAUGGAACAGUUCAAGCUCAAUUCAGCCAUUGAGCUUGUCUCUGACGAACAUGAAGAAUACGACCUGCUGCAAAACGAAGACUUACAGGUCGAUUUCACGCCUUUGUUUGAGUGUCUACAUAUCCACCGGUCACUAGGGCAAAUGGAUAGGUUUAGAUCUGAGUAUGCGACAACAAGGCGGCGGCAGAAGGAUCUUUUACUGCCGUCGUCUAUCACCCUGGUUGAUGACGAUGGGGCCAGUUUGCAUACGCUUUUAGAAGAAAUAACUGGCUUUGCCAUCGUUGAAAGGUCGACAAUGAAAAAGGUCCCAGACCUCCGAUCUCCCGUUGAAGUUGAGGAAUUGUGGGAUUCGACGUGCCAUGCUGCCGUUAACUUGAUCACAAACGCACUUGAUGUGGUAGACAAUGCCGAGAGCUUGUUGAAGAUUAAGAACUUGGUCGCGCUUUUUAUGCAGGCAAUGGACACGUGGAACUUUUCCGUGACCGCGUUCGACAAAUUACUUUUAACUCUUUUCGGAAAAUAUGCAGAUUUGCUCAAGAAACGAUUUAGUGACGAUUUUCAAGAAAUUGUAUCAACGGACGACUACAUGCCUAUGCCAAUCCAAAACCUUGAAGAAUUCGACAAAGUCAUCAACGUCAGUUGGUACACACCAGAAAAGCCACGAGAGGAGCAAGUAUUCCCAUGUGUGUUGCCAUUUUCGCAGAUGUAUCCUCUUUGCUGUAUCGACAUUCGAAACUUUUUGAACCAAUUUUACUUUUUCUCGAACGAUGACUUUCCUCACCUGGACGUUAUCGAUGAAACUCUCAAGACGGCAUUGGACGAUCUUUUAUCAAACCAAGUCUGUGAGACUCUUGUUGAACGUCUUGGUUCUCAAUACCUUGGGCAAAUCGUCCAAAUUCUUAUCAACCUCGAACAUUUUGAAAUGGCCUGCCAAGAGCUUGAAGGCCUCUUAGUCGCUGCUCGCUCGCAGAGCACCACACCUUCACCGGUUUCCCUCAACGCUACCGAAAAGUUUAGAAACAAUAAAAAGGCAGCCGAAAAGAGGAUAUUCGAGGUGGUCAAUUCAAAGAUAGACGAUCUCAUUGAGACGGCCGAAUAUGACUGGGUGGCUCCUGUAGAGCCAACAGAACCUAGCAAUUACAUGCAGACAUUAACGCGGUUCCUUUCUAAUAUUAUGAACUCGACACUCCUAGGUUUGCCCACGGAAAUCAAAGAACUUAUUUAUUUCGAUGCUCUGAGUCACGCAGCCAAUGAGAUUUUGGCACUGCCCUUAUCCCCGGAAGUCAGAAAAAUCAACCCCAACGGUGUCAUCGCGCUGUCAAAGGAUAUCGACUACCUUGCAGAUUUUGUCGACAGCCUCGACGUUCCCAUUUUGAAAGAGAACCUGGACGAAUUGCAACAAACUGUCAACCUGUUGCAGUCUGAGAACAGCGAUGAAUUUUAUGAUAUUUCGACAAGGAACAAGAAAUACGGCCGUGUAGAUGCCAUGAAUGGGCCAGUCCUGCUUGAAAAGUACGAAACCUCCCCGUCAUCUAGGGAAAAUUCCAAUAAUACUAAC